GUUUUCUAUAUAUUUGCCAACGCCUUGCAAAUUCUUACCCAUUUUCACCAUCUCAAUUACCCAAAGGCAACUACUCUAAUAAUUCAUCAUCAUGGCUAAACUUAUGGAUCUUCCAGUUGAGCUUCUACAAAUGAUCGCAACGGCGGAAGUCAGGUCAGGUACCAUAUUGCGCCAAAAAGAUCUGGCAAGCUUAUCCCUUGUAAAUCGGUGGUUACAUAAAGUAAUCAAUCGCAUUCUAUACGUCUACAACGUAAAGCAUAUGGACGGCACUUUAUUUAAUUAUGCAGCGAAGCACGGAAAUCUCGAUACUCUAAAAAUUGCAGUCUUGUUCCGCCUAGAGCCGGAAUCUUGGCAUCACCUACUACUGAUGGCUUGCCAAAACUGUCGCCGCGAGAUUGUUACAUGGCUGCUGGACCGUGGCACUCCUCUCCAAGAAACAUCCGAGAAAUUUUUAAACAGGUGGGACUAUGAUUUUUGCUUGGGUGAUUUCACGGGAUAUCAACCUAGAUGGAAGCGGACUAUGAUAGAGGGAUGUCCAGCAUUACUUGUUUCAAUCAACAAUAAGAUGGAGGAUAUUGCUAUACUCCUAUUAUCUCAUGGCGCCAAUGUAUCUUUUGUCAUGGGAGAACGGCUUAAUUUUAGGUCGGUCCUACACUACGCGGCUUGUCGAGACAUGGUCAAAGUAGUAGAAUAUCUCGUACAAAAUCUGGGAAUAUCCGUUGACUUAAAAGACUACGAAGGUUAUACUCCCCUGCAUUAUGCAAUGGAGUACGCGCAAAUACUAGACCAAAAUACCAAAAUGCUCGAGACGUUGAUAAACCUCGGAGCCGACGUCAACAACGAAGUUAAUGGUAAGCUUCCACUCACGACGACACUUUAUAAUGGGAGAUUUCAACACGCAAAUAUGUUACUUGAUGCUGGCUCAAAGAUUAAACCAGACCACCCACAGGGGGGAAGGAACAUAAUGUUCAGGAAUUCAAUGCAAUGGUCUAUGCUUCAAAGACUCGUCGAUGCCGGUGCCGACCUAACGGAAAGAUACAUUUAUGGGUACGAGCCGUUAGAGGAGGCGAUCAUACAUGGAGAUGCAAAAAUGAUGUCCUGUGUCCUAGCUAUGAAAGCUGAUAAGCAUGGAGAAGAGUCUUUAAAACGAGACUAUAUCUUCGACUUCAUGGCAAAUAAUCAUCGCAGCAUAUACCUUUUCGUAAAGAAGGUGGAAACAUUGCUGAAAAGUGGUAGCAGAAUAGACACCCCUUUGUCCGAUGGGCGUUCAUUCCUUUCGAUGGCAGCCAUGGCUGUCAAGUCCAUGCUUAACCACAGUCAUCUUGACGACCUUCUAAAAGAGUUAGUCGCCGACUCGAAAUAUCUGAGGCAUGUUGCUGACCCUGAACAUCUGACCAUCCUCAUGAGCAGAGGUGCCAAGCUACAUACUACUGAGGACAUAAACCUGGCUGUGUUAAGUUCUUUACCCCAUGCACGUCUUGUACACAACGGGUGGCUUGCUAGAAUAUUAGACAUGGGUUUUCCGACACAAAAGAUACCUAGUCUAAUUACAGACGCCUUUGAAAGAAGAGUCGAUUGUACAGUUAUCAAAUACCUGCUCGACCUUGUUGAACCCUGUAUUUGGCAGCAAAACCCUCAGUGGCUAGAUUACGCUAUUAAAGCACUCUACCCUACUGCCAUUGACAAGCUCCUGAGGGGCAUUAAGAAUGUAGAUGUAAAUUUCAUGUCGAAAAAUGGGGAAACACUCCUACUCAAUGCAUUGAAAGAGUGUUCACCCUAUUACUCAUUCCCUGACUCUGUUUUAGUGCUUCUACAACACGGUGCUGAUCCAUUCUCGCCAACAAGACAUUCGGCUUGCCAUAGUGAGAAGCACACAAAGACUUCACAUGAGAAAGAAAAGUACUCGGCGUUUGAAUUUGCUUUACAUAACUGUUCUUAUUGGAUGGCCGAAAAAAUAUGGUAUCAUUCAGCCCCUGAAAUGCGACCUGAUCCAAAGACGUUCCUCGAAUGCGUCCCAAAUAUUCCUGGUCGCUCGGAAAAUGGUGGAAAUCUUAUAUAUGCCCUUAUCAUCAUUGCUCCUUCAUACAGCUCCUAUCAUGACUCGCGAACCGCCAUUUAG